AUGGCGGUUGCCGUGGAGUCCCCAGAUGUGGUCCGCUUGGGCGACGGCACCGAGAUUAGCCUCGCCAAGGUGCCUGGCGUAGACGAAUCGACAUGGAGCGAGGUGAAGGAGUACCUCCAAGGCAACCCAGACAUGGCCAAGAAGCUGCAAAGCUUCUCGAAGGACCCCGAGGCAAUGCGCGGUUGGCUGCAAACGCAGGCCAUGUCAGAUUUCUACCAGAAGAAGCUGGGGAGCGCCGACGAGCAGGUGCAGAGCCGCAUGAAGGCGCUGGAACAGGACCCCGAACUCGCUCCCAUCAUCGAGGACAUAAAAAAGAGCGGAAUGGAGGGAAUUAUGAAGUACUACCAGGACGAGGAGUUGAUGCUCAAGUUUAGCAAGGCCAUGGGCGGUGUGCCGCAGGAAUUGCAGCCGGCGUUGAAGAAGAUCGACGAGACGCCAAUGACUUUGCACGAGGCGGCCAAGAUGGGCGACCUCAGGGCAGUCCAGGAGUACCUGGAGAAAAAGAGACCACUGGACGCACAGGACCAGAAGGGCAUCACCCCGCUGGGCUACGCUGUGGGCGGCAACCGCAUCGCGGUCGUCAAGCUGCUGCUAGACAGCAGGGCCAACCCGUUCGCUGUGGACGCCAGUGGCAAUUCCGCGCUGCACUACGCGGCGGGCUACGGUCGCAAGGAGCUGGUAGAGUACCUGUUGAAGACCGGAGCCAGCGUAGCGCAGGCCAACGCUCAGGGGCGAAAACCGCUCGACGUCGCCACACAGAACAAGCACGAGGCCGUGAUCCAGGACAGUACGGUCAGCGGCCGCAAGUUGAGUCUGCCGGAGCAAGUUGGGGUCUUCCUGGUCCCGGACAAGGAUACAAGUUUCUCUGACAAGAAGCCGUUGGGCGCCUUCGCGUGGAUCGGCCUGUACCCUGGCGAUGUCAGCAGGAAGUACAACGGGAAGCGCAAGGACCACACAAUGGGCACGGCCGCCGGACCCGAGGGAGAGGACGCCUUCAUCAUAGCCGACGCCGGCAUCAAGAGGGGCGUGCACAUGGUCAACGAGGCGGGGAGAGGGCGGGAGGCGAACGUCUGGUACUCGAAAGGAGGAAAAGCUGCAUGA